AUGCCUAGUCCGAAUGCUGGAAAAGCUCUCGAAGCAUCGGAGGAUGGGGAGUCAGCAGACAGUGCAUCCGGCGGUGAAGAGGCCGAUGGUGGCGAGGGCGAGGGAGGAGAGUCGGAGGUGGAUUCGCAAGCCAGCGAUCCGGUGGCAACGGACAGUGAGGACGGCGAGGCCAUGCCAGAGCGAAACAUCCAGGAGCGCCCCACGAGGCAGACGCGAGGCCAGCGGUUCACCAUUCUGGAUGGCAAGGAUCGAAGGGACGACGAGGAUUUCUGGGCCAAUGAAGGCUUUCGUGAUGCAUCGUCCGACAGUGAGUUCAAUGCGCAGGAGGAGUCCGAUGAUACGCAAGAAACCGACUUCAGCCAAGCACAAGAUGAUGCCAGCGCAGAGGAAAAGGAGCCCCCAAAAGAGCCUUCGGUGCGGACCAGGAAGAAGCCAGUGCUUCCCCCGAGCAGACCUCCGGCCCCGUCUGUUUCUGGACCACCAGGAUCUUCUGAAGGGACUGCGCCAGCGAGGCGCGUCAGGCGACGAAUUCCGCAGCUGCUGCUGCGAUCGAACAGGAUUCUUCGCAAAUCAACGAUGGAGAUACGAGCUCACAGAGAGCUCAAGGCUGGCCAAGCACGUCCAAAGAGACAGAGCCUUCAGGCCAAGCCUGAAGCAAAACCGCUGACCCAGGAGGAGAGGCUCCAAGAGGCCGUUCGGACCGAGGAAAGGAACCGAAAGCAGUUCCAUGAGUUGCAAAGCGAGGAAGAUGAGAAAAGGCGCUCGUCGAAGCGAGCCAGAAGGACAAAGUUUGCCGGACCACGGCUUCGCUUUGUUUCGAGGCUUUCCGACAGCCAAGACAUGGCCAGGGAUGCUAUCGGGGCGCGCCCGGGUGUUGAGAGCUAUGUCGAACUGAUCGAUUGCGAUGUGUCCGACUUCCUCAGGUUGCCCAGCACGCAAGAGGCCAAGCAAAGUCUAUGGCUCGACUUGGUGGGAGGUGAAGACGGCAGCUCAAGCUGGGCCUGGGGCAAUGGACAGAGCCUUUGA